CUGAAGGUUCCUGUAGGUCCCUGUGGGUCCCUAUAGGUUCCUGAAGGUUCCGGUAUGUUCUAGUCCCAUUUAAAGAACCUCAGAGGAACCCUGGAGAGCAGUGAGUGAAGUACACGUUUCAGAUCAUUAUUAUUGUUGAACUUCGUUUUAUGUUUUUUAUACCUCUCAACCUUAAAAUAACAGAGAACGUUUCUGCAACCUCACAUUCAUUUACAAAGAAGAGGUUCUCUUUAAAGUGUCGAGCUGUCAUCAUUAUGACGUCACUGAUGUGCUGAUGUCACCACGUGUUUCUGCUCGUUAGAGGUGAGUCACGUGACCUAUAAGACGGUCCGUGUCUUCCUGAUCAAUCGGUGUUUGUUGGCGUUAAACGCCUCGUUAAGUUUGAACAUUUACUUUAUGUUGACCCUGAUGACCUCUGGAGUUGUUCAUUAGUUGGGAGAAGAUCUCCAUCCAGGUUGAAGGUGAAUUAAAGGGAAGUCUGCUCCUUCAGUCAUCAGCAGGAGGCCACAGAAACAGGAAGUGAUGUCAGGACCUUUAAUCAUUUUAUGUGUAAAACAAAACGCGACUCAAAGAUAAAACCGUUCGCGAUCAGCAACACAAACCUCUGACACAUGGCUAACAUGAGUUAGCAGCAGCGGGGCUGCAGGCUGGGAUUAUGGGAAGUGUAGUUGGAUGUUGCUCAGUUAAAGGGACUACAAUGAUGGACUACAGCUCCCAGCAGCGUUAGCACCAACAGCAGACCCUCACAGACUCGAUUCCUCGUAGCCGAUGCUAUAUCGAGGAGCCCGCUGGCACCCUGUCACACUUCCUGGUUUGAACCAAGAAGACGUGGACAUUUUGAAGCUGGUGGAUCUCUAACGUUGAGUUCAGUCUGAAGACGCCAUGUCGGACAAGACGGCGCCGCGCUGCCAGCUGAGGCUGGAGUGGAUCCACGGGUACCGAGGACACCAGUGUCGGAACAACCUGUACUACACCGCCGGGAAGGAGCUGGUGUACUUCGUGGCCGGAGUGGGCGUGGUCUACAACACCCGAGACCACACCCAGAAGUUCUACCUGGGACACAACGAUGACAUCAUCAGUCUGGCGAUCCAUCCAGAUAAGGUCCAGGUGGCGACGGGUCAGGUGGGUAAAGACCCGUUCAUCUGUAUCUGGGACACCUACUCCAUGCAGACGGUGUCCAUCCUGAGAGACGUCCACACACACGGAGUGGCCUGUUUGGCCUUCGACUCUGACGGACAGAGGAUGGUGUCUGUUGGUCUGGACGCCAAGAACACGUUGUGUGUCUGGGAUUGGAGGAGAGGACGAGUCAUCGCCAUGGCAACCGGACACUCAGACAGAAUCUUUGAUGUGGCCUGGGAUCCGUUUCAGUCCAGCCGUCUGGUGAGCUGUGGAGUCAAACACAUCAAGUUCUGGACUCUGUGUGGGAACGCUCUGACUCCAAAGAGAGGCAUCUUUGGGAAGGCCGGCGACCUGCAGACCAUCCUGUGUCUGUCUGCAGCCAAAGAAGAGCUGACGUACUCCGGAGCUCUGAACGGAGACGUCUACGUGUGGAGAGGGAUCACUCUGAUCAGGACCGUACAGGCUGCACACGGGGCGGGGAUCUUCAGCAUGCACUCCUGUGAGGAAGGGUUCGCCACCGGAGGACGAGACGGCUGCAUCCGACUGUGGGACGUUGACUUCAAACCCAUCACCAAGAUCGACCUGAGAGAGGCGGAGCAGGGAUACAAAGGUUUGUCCAUCCGCAGUGUUUGCUGGAAGGCUGACAGGAUCCUGGCGGGGACGCAGGACAGUGAGAUCUUUGAGGUCAUGGUGCGAGAGCGAGACAAACCGGUUCUGCUGAUGCAGGGUCACAGCGAGGGCGAGCUGUGGGCGCUCGACCUGCAUCCGAAACAACCGGUCGCCGUCACGGGGAGCGACGACCGAUCUGUCAGGCUGUGGAGUCUUCCCGACCACACUCUGCUGGCUCGCUGUAACAUGGAGGAAUCUGUCCGCAGUGUUUCCUUCAACAAUGAUGGCUCUCAACUUGCUCUGGGCAUGAAGGACGGAUCCUUCACCGUGCUGCGUGUCAGAGAUAUGACUGAGGUUGUGCACAUCAAGGACAGGAAGGAAGUAAUCCACGAGCUGAAGUUUUCACCGGAUGGUUCCUUCCUGGCGGUGGGAUCAAACGAUGGGAUGGUCGACGUAUACGCCGUCGGUCAGCGUUACAAGAAGAUGGGCGAGUGCAGCCGCUCCACAUCCUUCAUCACCCACCUGGACUGGUCGGUCGACAGCCGCUUCCUGCAGACCAACGACGGUGCCGGAGAGCGGCUCUUCUACAGGAUGCCAGCGGGGAAGCUGGUUCCUAAAGAGGAGGCAAAGGGGAUUCACUGGAUGACGUGGACCGGCGUCAUCGGUCCAGAGGUGAACGGCAUCUGGACCAAAUACUCCAAUGUCACCAACGUGAACUCUGUGGAUGCCAACUACAGCAGCGCCGUGCUGGUGACCGGAGACGACCUUGGCCUUGUCAAACUCUUUAGAUUCCCCUGCCUAAAGAAAGGUGCCAAAUUCAAGAAGUACAUCGGCCACUCUGCCCAUGUGACAAAUGUUCGUUGGUCCAACGACCUGCAGUGGGUCGUCAGCACCGGCGGAGCCGACCACGCGGUCUUCCAGUGGAGGUUCCUGCCCGAGGGCGUCAUGAACGGCGUCCUGGAGCCCCUCCUCCAAGAGGGCUACGCCGACUCCAACAGUGGAGAGUCGGACUCUGACGUGUCGGACGUCCCGGAACUGGACUCAGACAUCGAACAGGAAGCUCAGACCAGCUACGAACGCCAGGUGUAUAAGGAGGAUCUGCCUCAGCUGAGGAAGAAGCUGAUUGGUUCCCUGAAGCGCCAGAAAGCUCCGGAGGAGGGGCUUCGUCUGCAGUUUGUUCACGGGUAUCGGGGCUUCGACUGCCGUAACAACCUGUUCUACAGUCUCGGGGAGGUCGUGUACCACGUUGCCGCCGUCGCCGUCGUCUACAACCGGCAGCAGCACAGUCAGAGGUUUUACCUCGGCCACGACGACGACAUCCUCAGCCUCACCGUCCACCCGCUCAAAGACUAUGUGGCCUCCGCACAGGUGGGAAGAGACCCGGCUGUCCACGUCUGGGACAUCCAGACUCUGAAGUGUCUGUCUCUGCUAAAGGGACACCACAGCAGAGGAGUGUGUGCCCUGGAGUUCACAGCCGACGGGAAGAGUUUGGUCUCGGUUGGAAUUGAUGAAUUUCACUCCAUCGUCAUCUGGGACUGGAAGAAAGGAGAGAGACUGGCCAAAGCCAGGGGUCAUAAAGACAAAACGUUCGUGGUGAAGAGUAACCCGUUCAGGAUGGACAAACUGGUGACUGUCGGCAUGAAACACAUCAAGUUCUGGCAACAUUCAGGUGGCGGUCUGACGUUCAAACGGGGGAUUUUUGGGAACCUGGGGAAGCAGGAAACGAUGAUGUCGGCGUGUUACGGUCGAUCCGAGGACCUGGUCUUCUCUGGAGCCACCAACGGAGACGUUUACAUCUGGAGAGACACGACGCUCAUCAAGACCAUCAAAGCCCACGACGGCCCCGUGUUCGCCAUGUGCUCCCUGGACAAGGGUUUCGUGACGGGGGGGAAGGACGGCGUGGUGGAGCUCUGGGACGACAUGUUCGACCGCUGUUUGAAGACGUACGCCAUCAAGAGAGCCGCUCUGUCUCCGUCCUCCAAAGGUCUGCUGCUGGAGGACAACCCGUCCAUCAGAGCCAUCACCCUGGGACACGGUCACAUCCUGCUGGGGACCAAGAACGGAGAGAUCCUGGAGAUCGACAAGAGUGGACCCAUGACGCUGCUGGUUCAGGGUCACAUGGAGGGGGAGGUGUGGGGUUUGGCGGCUCACCCUCUACUUCCUGUCUGCGCCACCGUCGGCGACGACAAAACUCUGAGGAUCUGGGAGCUGUCGGCCAAUCACCGCAUGGUGGCCGUCCGCAAACUCAAGAAAGGUGGGCGGUGCUGUGCCUUCUCUCCUGACGGUAAAGCUCUGGCGGUCGGUCUGAACGACGGCAGCUUCCUGGUGGUGAACGCCGACACACUGGAGGACAUGGUGACCUUCCACCACCGCAGGGAGCUCAUCUCUGACAUCCGCUUCUCCCAAGAUGCGGGGAAGUACCUGGCCGUGGCGUCCCAUGAUUCCUUUGUGGACAUCUACAACGUCCUGACCAGUAAGAGGGUCGGCAUCUGUAAAGGAGCCGGCAGCUUCAUCACCCACAUCGACUGGGACGCCCGAGGUAAACUGCUGCAGGUGAACACAGGAGCCAAAGAGCAGCUGUUCUUUGAGGCUCCACGAGGACGCAAACAGAACAUCAGCGUGGUGGAGUUUGAGAAGCUGGACUGGGCGAGCUGGACGUCCGUCCUGGGUCCGACCUGUGAGGGAAUAUGGCCGACGCUCAGUUUCGUCAACGCCGCUUCGCUCACCAGAGACUCCAAACUGCUCGCCACCGGAGACGACUUCGGCUUCCUGAAGUUGUUCAGCUUCCCGUCCCGGGGCCAGUUCGCCCGGUUUAAGAAGUACGUGGGUCACAGCACCAACGUGACCAACGUCCGCUGGUCCAACGACGACUCCCUGCUGCUGUCGGUGGGCGGGGCCGACACGGCGCUGAUGAUCUGGACCAGAGAGCCGGCGGGUCACAAAGAGAGCAAAGCUGUGGACAGCGAGGAGUCGGACGACGACACGGAGGAGGACGGAGGGUACGACAGCGACGUGGCCCGAGAGAAGGUGGUGGACUACGUCACCAAGAUCUACUCCGCCAGCAUCAGGAACAUGUCAGGAACCAGACCUCACCUGCAGCACAAAGAGCUUCCUGUGGAGGAGAGGCCUCCGGUGAGUCGAGCUGCUCCGCUGCCUGACAAACUGCUGAAGAACAAUGUGACCAAGAAGAAGAAGGUGGUGGAGGAGCUGGUGCUGGAUCACGUCUUCGGCUACAGAGGCUUCGACUGUCGCAACAACCUGCAUUACCUCAACGACGGUGCUGACAUCAUCUUCCACACCGCUGCUGCUGUGAUCAUCCAGAACCUGUCCACCGGAACCCAGAGUUUCUACCUGGAACACACCGACGACAUCCUCUGUCUGACUGUCAAUCAACACCCAAAGUACCAAAACAUCAUCGCUACGGGACAGAUCGGUGACAUCACUGACCUGCCAGGCCUUGCUCCAUCCAUCCAUGUAUGGGAUGCCAUGACCAAGCAGACGUUGUCCAUCCUCCGCUGUUCCCACGCCAAAGGUGUCGGCUACGUCAACUUCAGCGCCACAGGAAAGCUUCUGCUGUCAGUGGGAGUGGAGCCUGAACACACCAUCACAGUGUGGAGGUGGCAGGAAGGCACCAAGGUGACUUGUAAAGGAGGCCACGCUGAGCGGAUCUUCGUGGUGGAGUUCAGACCGGACUCUGACACCCAGUUUGUGUCGGUGGGAAUCAAACACAUCAAGUUCUGGACUCUGGUCGGCGGUUCGCUCGUGUACAAGAAAGGAGUGAUCGGCUCGGUGGAGGACGGCCGCAUGCAGACCAUGCUGUCUGUCGCCUUCGGUGCUAGCAACCUGACGUUCACCGGCGCCAUAAACGGAGACGUGUACGUGUGGAGGGAGCACUUCCUGAUCCGAGUGGUGGCGAAGGCGCACAGCGGUCCGGUCUUCACCAUGUACACCACCCUGAGGGACGGACUCAUCGUCACCGGAGGGAAGGAACGGCCGACUAAAGAGGGCGGCGCUGUGAAGCUGUGGGAUCAGGAGAUGAAGCGCUGCAGAGCGUUUCAGCUGGAGACCGGACAGCCGGUGGAGAACGUCCGAUCCGUCUGCAGAGGGAAGGGUAAAAUCCUGGUGGGCACCAAAGAUGGUGAGAUCAUAGAGGUUGGAGAAAAGAACGCCGCCUCCAACACCAUGAUUAACGGACACACUCAGGGAGGGAUCUGGGGUUUGGCAACUCACCCUUUCAAAGACGUCUUCAUCUCGGCCAGCGACGACGGGACCAUCCGGAUAUGGGACCUGGCUGAUAAGAAACUUCUGAACAAGGUGAGUUUGGGUCAUCCUGCCAAGUGCACCUCCUACAGUCCCAACGGAGAGAUGGUUUCCAUCGGUAUGGAGAACGGAGAGUUCAUAGUCCUGCUGGUCAACUCCCUCACCGUCUGGGGCAAGAAGAGAGACCGCAGCGUCGCCAUCCAGGACAUACGGUUCAGUCCAGACAACCGAUUCUUGGCGGUGGGUUCGGUUGAGAGCGCCGUGGAUUUCUACGACCUUUCUCUGGGACCGUCCCUGAACAGGAUCGGCUACUGUAAGGACAUCCCUGGCUCCGUCAUCCAGAUCGACUUCUCUGCUGACAGCAAACAUAUCCAGGUGUCCACCAGCACCUACACUCGGCAGGUUCAUGAAGUUCCCUCAGGGAAGAUUGUCACAGAGCAGUCUGUAUUUGAGAGGAUCACCUGGGCUACCUGGACCAGCAUCCUCGGGGACGAGGUUCUGGGGGUUUGGCCUCGUAACACGGAGAAGGCCGACGUUAACUGUGCGUGUGUUUCACACGCCGGCAUCAACCUGGUGACCGGAGACGACUUCGGCCUCAUCAAGCUCUUCGAUUUCCCGUGCUCCGAAAAAUUUGCGAAACACAAGCGGUACUUCGGUCACUCCGCUCACGUCACAAACGUUCGCUUCUCCUGUGACGAUAAGUUCGUCAUCAGCGCCGGAGGCAGCGACUGCAGUUUGUUUGUGUGGAAAUGUCAGUGAGAUCCUGAAAGACCACCCGAGUCCUCCAUCAGAGUCUCUACUUCCUCUUCUACUUCCUCUUCUUCUUCUUCUUCUUCUUCCUCUUCCUCUUCCUCCUGUGAUGCUGCAGUCUGCGGACUCUUCAGCCCUUUAACUGAAACCACUCUGGACAGGAAGUGAUGAACAUGUGAGCGUUUCGGUCUGCUGACAGACUCACGGGGAUCAAACCUGUGACGCUCCGUCCUGACGGUCCUGUAUUUCAUUGUGACGUAGUUCUUCUUGUGCAUUCGGUGGUUUAGGGUUCAGGUCUCUGUGUCGUUAAAUGUUAAAGAAAACACGGAGGAGUGUGUUUGUAGUUUUUGUAGUUUGUAGUUUAGCCGCUUUGAAGGAAGUCGUAUCUGUUUCAUGUCGCUCGGUUCUGUUUGUCAGAUGUGCCUUUUACACAAACUCUGACCAAACAUUUGAUACAACUUUAUUGAUAAUCGUGGUGCUAUGACACGUGAUCAUUUAGGGCUUUUUACAGAGACGGAUGAGGAACUCUGUCGUCGUAUGUUUUGUAUCUCGUACUGUUGAUGAUGAUGAUGAUGAUGAUGAUGAUGAUGUUCUAUGUUUCUGCACUGAGAACAAACAUGAAGUAGAAAAAAUAGAAAAAAGAUGAUUUCAGUGUAAAAGUUUAUUAAAAAAAGUAAAGUAAUUCUACCUCAAAAUACAAUAAAGUGAAACUUAAUUUAAAAAACAAUAUUUAAGGUAGAAACUUAAAAUAGAACGGAGACUUUAGAACCUUUUCUGUCCACAUGGUGGCGCUGUGUCGUCUCUACUUACUGAGUCCUGUAGAAAUCAAACUGAAUGUUCUUUAACAUCGAGGAUCUAAAGAGAGAAACCAACGGAAUGCUGAUCUCUAUUCUAUAAGGAACCGUUCUAUGAGGAACUGUUCCGUAAGAAACUGCUCUGUAUGGAACCGUUCUGUGAAGAACUGUUCUGUAAUCAACGGUUCUAUAUGCAAGUGUUCCAAAAGGAACUGUUCUCUAAUAAACGGUUGUAUAUAGAACUGUUCUUUAAAGAAGUGCUCUAUAAGGAACCCGUGGAACACCACAACAUUAUUACUUGUAUUCUGGUGUCAAACAUGAUCCAGCAUGUUGGUUCUUACAUUUAGUUAUAUUCAGUCUGGUUCCGUUAAACAUGAUGAAUCUGUUUCUGGAGCUACAGAUCAACAGAACACUGACGCAGAACACUGAUACUCUAAAUGUUUAUUUCUUAAACCUUUUUUUAUUAAUGACACCCAGACGAUUUGAAUUAAAGAACUGAAUACUGAGAUAAAGAACAAGAACAAGUCUUGUUCUGUUUUAAAGGGUAACCAGGACAAAAGGAACCCACAGUUCUAUGGAGAACUAGCAGCCUCAGUCAGAACAGAAACAUUUAGGAGUUUAAUAAAUGAGUUAAGAAUUGUUGAGUGUCGUCUGAAUGAAUUAUAGCACAAAGUUCCUGUUGGAACAGGUGACAGAACUUUAUUAAAGUU